GGUCUACCAAGGCCAUAAAUUGCAGAAAGAAUUCACCAGACAGACAGCAGGUCGGUGAGUGAGCUGGUUUAAUUGAAUUGGUAUUUGUACAAGGUGACACCCUCUCUCAUACCACCCACCCCCUCCCUGGGUGACUCAGCCACUGAAGGAGAAGCCUCUGAACUCUUCAUUAACGCAGGCAGGCGGAGGUGGAAACUGCUUUCAGUAAACUCCACGUACUCAUUCGGAGUCUCAGCCGGAUCACCUGGGGGAAAUCACUGCAGGUUGUUUAGACAGAAAGUCCCGAUUUUCUGCCCAAGACAGGUCCUAACUGGAAUGCAGCAUGUCCAAUUUCACCUUGAGAAAAACAUCUCCCACAGGAAACGAUAUGGGGACUACCACGCAGGGGACCACACUGAGGCAACAGGGUUUCCAAGAGGUCAACAAAAGAAGGACUUUCUUACAGGAUAAUAGCUGGAUAAAGAAACGUCCUGAAGAAGAAAGAGAUGAAAAUUACGGUAGGGUGGUGCUCCACAGACAUAAUUCCCACGAUGCCUUGGACAGGAAAGCAAAUGAGAGGGAAGAGCCAAAAGCCACAAUCAGUCGGUACAGAUCUGAUGACACUUUGGACAGGAUUUCAAACAGAAAUGAUGCUGCUAAAACAUAUAAGGCCAAUACCCUGGAUAACCGACUAACCAAUAGAAAUGUGUCCACGUUUCAACCACCAGAAGUGACAAAGACGCAACCUGGAGGCUUGUCCAAUGCAAACGCCACCAACACCCCAGCUUCCACCUCCACUACUACACCUGUGAAGAAAAAGAGACAGUCCUGGUUUCCACCACCCCCUCCAGGUUACAACACCACCCCAAACACAGGAGCAAGCAGAAGGGAACCAACUGUUCAUCCUCCAAUACCUCCAAAGCCCAGUUCUGCUGUUUCAUCUCCUAACCAGCUGAAGCAGGAUAAUAGGCAGAUAUAUCCAGCUAAACCAAGUGUAUAUACAGAAGCCAAAAGAUCUGCUGAAAGAAAUACAAGGAGUCAGGACCUGGAGAACAUUGUCAAAGUGGCCAGUUCGCUUCAGAAAACUAACAAGGGUGAAGAAUUGGAUAAUCUCAUCAAAAUGAAUAAAAGUUUGAAUAGAAAUCAAGGUCUUGAUGGUCUCUUCAGAGCAAAUCUUAAGUCAGAAUUAACGGAGAAACGAGCCAAAAGCCUUGAAAAUCUCAUCUUUGUGAAUACCCGGACAGAUAAAGAUGGCAAAGGAAACCAAGGCCUUGGAAGUCUUAUUAAAGUUAAUCAAAGGGCUGACAAAAUCGAGAAAGGAAGCCAAGAUCUCAAAGAGGUUAUUAAAGCAAAUGCCACGACAGAUCAGACAAGCAGAGGAAGUGAAGACCUUGAUAGCAUUAUCAAAGUGAAUCCCAAAGAAAGUGCCAACACCAGUGGGAAGCAAGACCUCAAUGGGCUUAUUAAAGUAAAUCCUGAAACAAAUAAAAAUAUUAAGAGGGGCCAGAGUCUUGAUAAUCUCAUCCAAGUGACCCCUGAAGUUAACAGAAGUAACCCAAGUUCCAAAGACCUGGAUAACCUCAUCAAAGUGAACCCAAGAACUGGGAAAAGUGCGCAAGGGGACCAAAGUCUUGACAACGUCAUCAAAGUGACUCUGGAAACAAACAAAACUAACCAAGGGAGCCAAGACCUAGACAGUCUUAUCAAAGUGACUCCCUCAGCAAGGAAAAGCAGUGAACAAGGUCUUGAUGAACUUAUUAAUGUAAGCCCCAAAGCUGUCAAAAAUACCACUAGAAAUCAAGAUCUUGAUAAGCUCAUCAAAGUGAAUCCUGAAAUUCUCCUCAACAAUCAAAGAAACCAGGAUCUUGAUAACCUCAUCAAAGUGAAUCCUGCAGUAAUCAGAAGCAGUCAAAGCCAAGCUUUAGACAAUCUCAUUCAAGUGAAACCUUCAGCACUCAGAAAUACUAAGCGAGACCAGAACCUCGAAAAUUUAAUUGACAUAAAUUCCAAUGUGUCUAAGAAUAAGAAUGAAAGGCAAGAUGGCCAGGUCACUGGAUCUACUGAGGCUUUAAUCAGCCCAUCCUCCAGAACAGCUGCCUAUUCUCAUGAAGCCAGGAAGACACUCAGCUCCAGUGCUGAAACCAGGCAUGCAGGACCAAAGGAUACAGUUGUGUACACAAGGACAUACAUGGAGAAUAGACAGCAACUGCCUGCAGGUUGUUUGGAGAGAGAGAGAGAUUUCUCAUUAAAAAAUCCCAGCAAAUCACCGAAGGAUGGAUAUCGGGAGACUGUCUCUGGAAAAUAUAUACAAACUGUUUAUUCGACUUCAGAUAGGUCUGUCAUUGAGAGAGACAUGUGCACCUACUGUAGAAAACCCCUAGGCACAGAAACCAAGAUGAUUUUAGAUGAAUUGCAAAUUUGCUGCCAUUCGACUUGCUUCAAGUGUGAAAUAUGCAAAAAACCUUUGGAAAACCUACAAGCAGGUGACAGUAUUUGGAUUUACAGACAGACAAUACAUUGUGAAUCUUGCUACUCUAAAGUUGUAGCCAAGUGGAUUCAGUAAUUCUGGCACAUGAAAAUCAAGAGGAAAGGAUUCAUCGAGGAAUUAAAAUUUUUAUUAUAAGAACAUGUAAUCUAAAAAAGCUUUAUACCAAUGACUGACUCUUUGUAUAACAAUUCUGCUAUUGCAUAAAUAAUAUAAUUGCUUAUACUAAGGUCGCAUACAUAAAGGAAACCAUCUGAUAUCUGGUUAGAUUUAGAGAUAAAAUAUUCAAGUGGUCUAGUUACCAACAUCAAAGGAAGGAUGUUUCUGAUGGCAGUGAGCAUUGUCAGCCUUGACCAGGUCCAUCUCUGCUCAGUAUUAGGUUGUGCAUCAUGGUUUCCAUUAGAGACCAGGAUUCCCAAUUUCUCAUUUUUUGUUUCCCUAGGGAUUUGAAUUUACAGAUGUUACUGACAUCUUGACAAAACUGUCAAGGAAGCAAGAUAUGUACAUUUCUUGUGUGCAAAAGAAAUGUUCAUAGAAAUUUUGGCAGAAAGAUAAAGUCUGGCAGAAAGGUGUUAGUGUAUAAUGGUGUACAGACCUCAGAAAAUCACUUAAACUAUUCAGAUUUUGGUGCUGUUAUCUGUAACAUGAGGGGAAAUGGAGAAAAUAAUUUCUGAGGUCACUUUCUGCUCCAAAACUCUCAGAUUCUAAAGCAAGUUUUUGUUUGAUCUUUAGAAUCAUACCUGAGUCUGUUUGUUAAGCAUGUGGAACUAGAUAGGAUAUCUAAACAAUUUAAUGUUGGUGUCAUCCUUUAGUUUAUUACAGAUAUAAGUUUUAUAGAACAUGUUUUAUAAAUACAAAGACAUGCAUUUAUUGGUAAUGGGUAAAAAUCAUAUGGUAUGUAUAGCUUACAUAUUAUAAUUUGUUAUGCUUUCUUUUCAAAAUCUGGAUAUGUAAAUGAUCUAUGAGAAAUAAUGGCAAUGGACUAAAAGACAUGUUCUUUAGCAUGCCAAACCUAUUCCUACUACAUAACACUUUAUAUUUACAGAUGGCUUAUAAAAAUAAAAUGAACUGUCAGUUACACAGAAUCUUCUUGUGCGGCAUCUAUAAAUAUUACUCAAUGACAUUGAUACUGUCAAGUAUAGUGAUCAUAAUCUAUUGUAUUCUGUGCUAUGCUACUUAAUUAUUUUGUCUUCUUAAGCCAUAACAUUGAUUUUUAAAGAGCUUUUUCUUAAGGAAUUGAAAAGUCAGUAAUCUUGUGUGGAAUUAUUAUUAUUAAAAUUGAGACAUUGCACUUAUAAACUAUUUUAUAUGCAUAUAGGAACUGCUUCUCAAAGGAAAGCAUAUGGAACAUUGAGAGAGGGUGAGAUUCUAAGGGAGUUUAAGGCAGUUAUAUAAAACUGACAAACUAAGGAAACCAAAAAGAUAAUCAUGUAUUUUCUAACUGUUGCUAAAUGUAAAGAAUGAUUCUUCCGUGUAAUGAUUUCAAGCAUCUGUUCCUCUUAGACACUGAUCCACAAAGUGUUAAACACUAAAUGCUUAUCAAAACACAGCAAUGUGUAAUCAUUGUCCUAUGGAGAGGAAGCCAGAAAAAACAAUUAAUAAUAAUUUGAUACUCAUUAAUUCAUGCUUGAUGAGAAGUGGUGGUAAUUGAGCCAUAUGUUUUAUUGUUCUCUUAUUACAUGCUAUCAGAGUGGAUCAAAAGAAAUAAUUUUCUUAGAGUUGAAAUUCGUGGCAGGAAAGGAUGAGUAGAAUAGUAGCCCUCUCUUUUAUAGAAAGUGUAUUAACAUCUCAAUGCCUUUGUAGUAAUUAAAAAUCAUUUGAAUAUCAUUUUUAAAGGACUCCACUGUUGAAUGCUUCACUUCAAAAAAAAAAAACCUAAAAGGGGCAUAAUUCUCACUUUUCUGUAGCUGUUUAAUGGACCCUUUCUUCUACAAUAAUGUAUUAAAUUAAACCAAAAGCUGUUGUAAAAAUAGAGUGGAUACAGAGUGAAGAGAAAAGGGCUUCUGAUUUUAUCAAGUCUGCUUCAUUAUGUCUGGGAUUAUUUGCACCAUAGGAAUGACAGAUUUCUAAAACAAUUUGUAAGAUCUCAUUUUUAUUUGCAGCGAAUUAUGUUAUGAUUGGCAUAUUUUUCCUGGACACAAGUGCCUACAUCUCAGAAUACCAGGUCCUGGAUUCUAUUACUAAUUAAAGGAUGUCUCUAAAAAAUAAUUAAUUGCUCCACUAUGACAGCAUUCUUCUGAAAAACAACAUAAAAUUUAUCUAGUAAUCUUGGAGAUAAAAUCUGUUAAAAUCUUUUUUUUUCUUUUACGAAGGCCAAGAAAUAAAAAUUUAUUCAAGAAGUAA